UUACUAAACCGUGUGCGUUAACUGCUUUAGCGAUAACUUCUUGUAUGAACACAUUAAUCUUUACGCAUUUAACUCAAUUGCUUUUUCUUCUAACAAUUAUUCAUAGAUUGAAAAAGAUAAUCGUUGAUUUUAAAAACAUUUAAUUACCAUUUGAAAAGAUGUCUACGCACGAAUUUGAAAAGUCAUCUUCUUAUGAUUUUAAUCAUGAAGGGCAUAAAUCGUUCCGAUGUUUAGCUAUUGAAAUUUCAGAAUCAUCAUUAAUUGAAUAUACCGAAGGUGAUACAGACAACUUUUCAACCAUUAUUUUACUAUAUAUUAUUGAUUGAUUUUAAAAGAAUAUACUAACUAUUGAAAUAGAUAAUUACGCAAUCUUUUAAAUCAUUAUCUAUUUUUUUUUUGUUCUAUGAAGCAACUGCAUCUUUCAAUGAUUCAGCUAUUGCAAUUUCCAAAUCAACAUUAAUUCAAGACACCGAAGGUGAUAAAGCAACUGUAUCUUUCAAUGAUUCUGCAAUUGGGACUUCACAAUCAACAAUAAACGAAAAUUAUAAGGGCAAGUUUUCAUACUUUAUAUUAAAUAUAUAUCUAUAUAUAUAAAGUAUAAACAUCAAUAUAUAGCUUUUUGAAAUUUUGACAGGAAAAUCAACCAUAGAUAAAGAAGAACAUAAUCAUCCAAAUGUUCCAACAGAUUUGAUUCCUAAAAAAGGAGAAACUGUGUCAACUAUAGAUGAAGGAAUUGAAAUGUAUCGAACAUAUGAAAAAGCCGCUGGUUUUGGAAUUAGAUUAGGAUCCACAACUACAUAUGGUGACUACAGUCUAAGAAAAAAACAUGUAAGAUGCAACAGAUAUGGACAACCAAGAAAAAAAUCCAGUGAUACUCUUACAUCCAAACGACUGAAAAAGCAGGAAAGAAAAUCAUAUUCAAAAGUUACAGGAUGUAUGGCGAUGAUUGGUUUUGACAGAGAUUAUAAAACAAAUACUAUUACUAUAUAUGCAUUUGAAGAAGCACACAACCAUCCACUUAUUGAAUUUAAUGAAGAAAGUCUUUGUUCUCAUAAUCAUAGACUUAGUAUUUCUGAUCAAGAACUUAUUUUCAAAGCUUCAACUCUCAACAUUGGUGCAACUAAAGCACACAAGAUACGGGCAUCAUUAAAAGGAGGAUAUGAUCAUUUGCCAGCAGCAAAGAAUGAUUUCAAGAAUUUUUGGAGAGAUUAUACCAAUAUUGUUGGACCCAAUGAUGCUCAAUGUGUUGUAGACCAGUUGAUAAUUCGCAGGGAUAAUUAUCCAAAUUUCCAUUUUGAAUACAAGUUAAAUGAUGAAGAACUAAGUGCUAUGUUUUGGGUUGAUGAAACAGGAAAAGAAAACUACUCUAAGUUUUUAGAUGUUAUUUCAAUGGAUGCAACGUACAGAACAAACAGGUACAAUAUGAUAUUUGUUCCUUUCACUGCUAUUAACAACCAUGAGAAGACAAUCAAUGUUGGAGCAGGACUAAUAUCAGAUGAAACAAUCGAGUCAUACUCCUGGUUAUUAAAAGCUUUUCUAUCAGCACAUAAAAAAAAAACCAACCAUGAUUUUGACAGAUAUGGAUCCAGCUUUAACUUCUUUUAUAUCAAAGGAGCUUCAAGGAUGUACACACAGAUUAUGUAUGUGGCACAUAAUGUCAAAAAUGCCUUCAAAGUUUCAAAUUCAGAUUUCAAGAAACGCAUAAAUCAACUAAUUUGGCGUAUGAAUAUUGAACCAUCAGAAUUUGAGUGUCAGUGGGAUAUGAUGUUGGAUGAAUUUGAUCUGAGGGAAAAUAAAUGGUUAGAUGAUAUGUUCAACAAGAGAGACAAGUGGAUUCCUUCAUACUUUAGAGAUAUACCUAUGUGUGGCCUUAUGAAAACUACAUCUCGGUCUGAAAGUUCAAAUUCAUUUUUCAAUGUUUUCUCCAGUGCAACAAACUUACUUGUAAACUUUAUAUUCAAUUUAGACACUGCACUUUCAAAGCAACGUCAUGAGCAAAAAAGAUUGGAUAUUGCAUCAAGAGAUACUUCUCCCCAACUUUUAUUUGCUCCUGAUCCUUUGAAGAUUGAAAAACAUGCUUCAUUAGUCUACACACGAGAAGCAUUCCUUAAAGUCCAGAAACAGAUUAAAAAGGCAUUUUAUCAGUGUUUUCAAAAGACUUCUAUCAUAGUUAAUGGCUUUCAAGAAUGCACAAUCGUUUACAAGGAAGUUAAGUCAGGCAAAAGACCCGAAUUUCAGGUAUCUUUCAAUGCACAUGAGCAAACAAUUGAUUGUGCAUGUUUGCAUUUCCAAUUUUUUGGAAUACUAUGUAGUCAUGCUUUUAGAGUUCUAAUAGAUUAUGACAUAUAA